AUGCCAGACGAUUACGAGGUGUACAAGGAGGGUGGCCUACUGCGCGGGCGGUAUAAGAAGGUGGACGACAUCAGCGAGGGCUCCUAUGGGUACGUUUCACUUGCCAACGAUACGCAAACGAAGAAGCUAGUAGCUGUCAAGUAUAUCUUCAAGAAUGAAAGUGAAUCUGGCGGUGCACGUUGUGAGUCUCAAGUGGACAGAGAGGUGGAGAACGAGGAAAAGCUGCAAGAACAGCAACUUCACAAGCAUCACAGAUCGCAGAUCUCUGAAAAAGUUCGCUCCCGGCUGUCCAAAAACAUAUGUUUCGAGGCCCUAUUUGAGGUCGACAUCCAUACGAAAAUUGGCAAGCACAAAAACAUAACGGAGCUUUUCGAUUUUUUCGACUCGUUUAUUAUCAUGGAAUACUGCUCUGGGGGCGACCUCUAUGAGGCCAUCAGAGCGGACCUGGUUCCUAAGAAGACAAAGCUGAUCACUCAUAUAGCCUCCCAAAUUAUGGAUUCAAUCGAGUUUGUUCAUCAAAAGGGCAUCUACCACAGAGACGUGAAACCUGAGAAUAUUUUGAUCGGGGGGUCUGAUUGGACCAUUAAACUUACUGACUGGGGGUUGGCCACCUUGGAUAAGACCUCCAUGGACAGAAGUGUUGGGAGUGAGAGGUACAUGGCACCAGAGCUAUUUGAGGACAAUUUGGAUCGCGACGAAAGAAAUGAGCCUUACGACUGUAGCAAAGUCGAUUUAUGGGCAAUUGGAAUUGUGUUGCUCAAUAUUGUUUUUCACAAGAAUCCAUUUAGCGUUGCAAAUCCAAGCGAUAAAGCCUUCUGCUAUUUCGCCGCUAAUAGGGAAGCUCUAUUCGAUAUUUUCUCUACGAUGUCCUUCGAUUUUUUCCAAGUUUUAAGACACAGUUUGACCAUGGAUCCCUCCAAUCGAGACUUAGCUAGCAUGAAAAGGGAGCUUGCACAGCUUGGUGAAUAUACGUUAGACGAUGAAUAUUUCAAUUCAUUGGCGGACGACGGAUACUCACCUGCCAAGACCAUUGAAGAUAGUCCCUUACCUUUAUCACCUUCAGAAACCCCAACUGUCCCCGAGGGCCUUAUGGGAGAAGCAGUUCCCAAAAUUUCUGUGCAAGAUAUCACCCCUGUAUCCACCAAGGAAAAGUCGAAAGAAAAGGAUCCCAUUCCUCGUUUCAGAUUCAGAAAGCGUAGCCACCCUCAACAUGACAUUUCUUACAGGAACGCAAAACCUAUUAAAAUCGAUGAAUCAAAGGUCCUAAAGAACAGUCGCAAGCCUUUAGCCAUUCCAACUCCUAAUACCCACAUUAACAACUUUUUCCAAGAUUACCAUGCCAACGACCAAGAGAGCUUCAAUACUAGGGACUUUUUUACACCACCCAGUGUCCACAAUAGAUAUAUGGAAGGCAUUUUCAACAACAAGUUUAGCAAGCAUCGAGGGAACAGGAGGAGAAGGCCCAGCUCCUCUGGAAACUCAAAGCUCAACCAGAAGCCAAAUAACAAUAAUUUGUCUACAUCUUAUGGGAGACGUGGGUCCAAUUUGUCUCAAAACUCCAACGUAUCUCAAAGUUCUCCGUCAGGCAAGUACAUUCCCCCUCAUUCUCGCCCUAACAGUAUACUGAGUGGAUCCCCUAAUAUUCCAACGAUCAACUCUGUCUUAGAUGGCAUUCAUGAUGGUCCCAGCACCUUGACUACAAAUACUUUUCACGAAUUACACGCAAUCUCCAAUGAGAAUAAUGAAAACGAUCUAGAUGAUGUAUUGUUUACAUUAGAGGAGAACGACAUUGACAGUUUUGCAAACGACAUUGAUGGAUUAUCAAUAAAUGAUGAACCCUUCCAGAAACCUCACGUGCCCAUCGAUAUUACGCAAGACUCGGCACUUCCAGGCUCCAAUGAACUUCCUGAGAUUCUCAAAUCACCUGAGCCCAAACCUUACAAGCUAAAUGAAGUUAGUAAAAACACAUUCACCGAACAGCUUGCUCAGAUGGAGCCCGUAGCAGGUUCUACAUUUAAGGCCAAACCGGGCGUGUAUAUUCCACCCCACCACAGAAAGAGCAUGAACUCAGCAAUUCUUGGCCACCAACAGAUGUCCCCACAAGGCGCUGAAACAACGUUAUCAGUAGGUAAUAACUCAAUUAGCUUUGGAAGUUUUGAUACUAGACGGAAAAGCUCAAAUGUUGGGCGUUCAACAGGCACACCAAAAUCUUUCAUUGCGAGUAACCAUGGCCAAGCGACUACAGUAUUGCAAAAUAGCGAUAUAUUUGCCGAUUCAAAUGCUGUCGCGUUUGAAGAUGAUGAGAUCAGCCCUUCAUUUGCUGCUAAUCAGACCACUACAUAUGCUUCAGCGAGAGAUAUCAAGAGCGGUAGAAAGUCCAGCUCAAUUCAAGACGAAUUGAUUGGGUCCUUAGAGCAAUAUAAAAACAAUUGGUUGAUGCUACAGCAACAACAAGAUUGA